GGUUAUAACCAAAAAAUAUUUUUGUGGGUGACGUUUGAUCACAGAAUCUUUUUAGAUUAUUCGACGUAUGAUUUGGUUGUUACUUAAUAUUUGUAUGCUUUAUGCACUACGUUAAAAGUGUUAAUAAAAUGGACACCAUAUUUCACGAAAAGCAAGAAGGAUUUUUAUGUGCACAACAUUGUUUAAACGCACUUUUACAAGGACCAUAUUACAAUGCUGUAGAUCUUGCCAGUUUGGGUCACCAAAUGGAUGAAGAAGAGAGGAUAAGAAUGGCAGAAUCUGGUGUUGACAGUGAAGAUUAUAAACUUUUUUUAGAGCAACCAUCAGGAAACAUGGAUGACAGUGGAUACUUCUCAGUUCAAGUAAUUAGUAGUGCAUUAAAAGUUUGGGGAUUAGAAUUAAUUCCAUAUAAUAGUACGGAAUCUGCAGCUAUAUUGGCACAGAAUGACCCUUUACAGAUGAAAGCAUAUAUUUGUAACUACAAAGGUCAUUGGUUUACUAUAAGAAAAAUUGGAAGGCAAUGGUUUAAUUUAAAUUCAGUACUAAGUGGACCAGAACUUAUAUCAGAUACUUAUCUUUCAAUGUAUUUAGCCCAGUUGUUGCAAGAAGGUUAUUCUAUUUUUGUUGUUAUUGGUGUACUUCCACAAUGUCCAGCAGACGAUAUUCUUACGAAAAAUCCAAUAGAACCUGCGUUAAAAGGACAAACAUCAUUAAGAACAAAAACAAAAGGUAUAAGUAAUAAUGUGAUAACAAAUACAAUUACUAGAGUAUUAUCUAACAAAGAAAAAAUAUCAACAAGCAAACUACAGGAGAAGAUAAUACCCAUCAAAAUUGAAAAGAACGAUGAAGACGAUGAUGAAAAUGCAGAAUUACAAAGAGCACUUCAAUUAAGUUUCGAAGAGAAUAAAAGAAAUGAUGUAGAUAAAUAUCUUAAAUUAAGUUUGGAUUUUCACGAUUAUAAUAAAAAAACAUGUGGAACUGAUGACAUGGAUGAGGAUGAUGAUUUAAGAAGAGCUCUUCAGUUAAGUUUAGAGUGUGCUACUGCACCAUCAACACCAGAAUCUGAAGAUUUACACUGGCAUCAAUUAAACCACUUCGGUUCAUACUCCAGGACGUCAAAUGGAGAAACUUCACAAAAACUGAAUAUUUAA